AACCAGAAAACCCUUACCUUGUUCCUCUAACCCCUAGUUCAUAUUCCAAUACAUAUAUUUUACCUUCCACGCCUCUGCCUUCAACCCCAUCAACUCCGCAAUUUCCUCCUUCAAGACCAGUUACACCUCAACUAACAGGCUCAACCUUAUUCGACGAAUUGAGGCAGGUCACAUCAAGGACUUCCCCGUCAACUUCAUCAGGGGAUAUGAAAGAUUACAGCUCAUCAUCAGUUCAACCCUUUCGAUUAACCUCAUCCGAAUUCCAGAGUAAUGAUCCGCCAACGCCUCAAUCGUCACCUCCAAUUUCACCCUCCCUAUUGCCACCACUCCCUCCCUCGACACCGUCAACUCCAAACUUUUCAUCCACUUUAAUGACUCAUCCAUCUUCGCAAAACUCCAGUUUCGUCGAAGACGUCCCAUCACCAGCUCCUAUUAAAAGUAUAUUGAAAUUACGAGCUUCGACACCAUCAAUCGCACUUACACCGCAAACGAUAAGUUCAGAAACCCUUCCGUUGGCACAAAAAUCCUCUAUUCCGAAGUCACCAGCUAAAAAAUCAAUACCACCACCAUUAUCCCUUUCAUCUACUGCCACGAGACCACCACCACUUCCGCUUCCACCGACAUGGCCAACGCUUAAAAAGACCAAGAGACAAGAAUUUAAAAAAGGAGAACCAUCAGACAAGCUGUCACCACAUCAUCGCCAGCAAAGAGUCAGAAGUAAAAGUAUUUCUGAAGGCAAUGACUAUGAUGGAAAUGAAAGUGAAAUCAUUUUCAGGAAAGGGGGGAAACCAAUUCAUCAUAGCAAAGCAAGAUCCGAAGAUGGUGAUUGUAGAGAAAAUGAACUCGAUGAACCGUUAAAUGAUGACUUUAAGAAUAAAUUGGAAUAUCUAGGCGAAAGCUUUUAUGUCCUCAGCCCAGGAGAAAAUAUUGAUACGGCAAGGGAACGCAACAUUUCUUCUGCAGCAUUAUCGAUUAACACUAAAAUAGGAAAUGAAUGCGAGGUAACCGAUCAGACAAAAGCUAUAAAAAAUAAGGAAUAUGAUGAUAUAAAUAUUUAUAAUAGCAACA